AUAAAAUUGGGUGAUGUGGAAAAGAAUGUGAGCAGAAGGCCUCACUGAGGGGGUGACAUUUGAGCUAAAUGGCAAGGAGCCAGCCAUGGGAAUAUCUGGGAACAGGGCAUUCCAGGAGGGAACAGCCAGUAGCAAAGGGCCUGAGGUGGGAACAAGCUUGCUGUGUUUGAGGAAUUAUCAAAGAGGCCAGUGUGAUACAGUGGAGUGAUGGAUUUGGGAUGUUUUAGGAGGUAGAGCCCACUGUCUUGCUUUGUCCCAUUUGGGAAGGAGGGGACACAGGGGUCCAAUGGCAGAGGGUGGGCCCUAAGCUGGACCACUUCCUCCCUUCAAGGGUAAGUGGUGCCAUGCAUCCUCACAAGGCUUCGUGUGAGCUGUAUGCCCUUGUGGAGGGAGAAGGAUCAAAACUGCAUUGUGCUAAAUGCUUCAGACGUGGUUGUAUUUCUAUUCUCACAUGUACUGUGCUGGGGAGGAACCACUGUUAGUCCUGUUUUACAGAUGAGAAAACAGGUCAGAGAGGGGGCAAUCUUUUACUCAGGGUUGUAAGCUUAGUAUUGUGAGCACCAGCCUUCAACCUGGGUCUGCCCACUGACCAGCAUGGAUGCCUGUGUGUAUGGGGGUGUCUCUGCCCCUUUUUGCAGCUCCCAGAGCCCUCAUGGCACUGGGCUCCACUUGUCCAUCACCCCCAAUCCCUGAAGCCAGCAGGUCACACAGUGGUGGGUGCAUGUCCCACAUUUGCUUGGAAGAGAUGACCCAGCUAUGGGUGGUGUCUUUGGGAGUGGAGGGGUGGAGAUGCACAGGGCUGCAGGCAAGGCUGCCUUGUGGGGCAAUGCUGGAGGUGAGCCUGAGGCAGCUUGUCUGGAUGAAGAUGAGGCCUGUGCAUAUGUGGGGGUGGCAGGGUUCCCUGGGAAAGCCCCUGUGCACAUGCACUAGUGAAGGUGCCAUUUGCGCUCUCGCCUGGGCUGCAUCACUAGGUAUAGUCCAGGCUGGCCCAUGUGGGUCACUCCUCCCCUUCCCGUGGCUGAGCGCUGUCUCCUCUAAAUAUAGCCCAGUGGGCGGAGCUCAGGCCUAUUUUAGGCCCAGGCUAGGAGGUGGCCAGGCCUUCCCCAGGCUCUCAGAAGAGUCACUGCUGCCUCCACCCUGUUCUGCUACUGGACGCUAUCAUCAGCCCCGACUGCCCACCACCCGCUAUGCCUGACGAGACCAGAGAAGGUAGGAGAUGACUGUGAGGAAGGGCCGGGCCCUGGGCCUGUGACCCUGUGGACCAUGAAGAAACCUGCCCCCUGUUCCACCGACCUCACUUCCUUGACUAGUCAUCAGUCACCAUGUCCCAGCUCAAGUAAAGUGACCUGCCCCCUGUGCACAGAGGUAGGGCCUACCAUGCCUGGAACCCCUCCUCACCUCAGGCCUUGCCUGUUUCCCCUGCUAGGGACAGCAGGGAGUGACUGCGGGGAGCUACCCAGUUCGGGGAGGGUCAACUAUAGGCUGUGCCCAAGUGGGUGUGGGCCAGGCAGAUGCCUGGCCAGUUCCGCUCUUCCUUCAGGGAGGAAGCUGGGAUUGGGGGUUGGCAAUGGUUCCAGGAAGCAUUUGGCCACAUGGCUCAGGGACUGGGAAUGGAUAGGCUUCUGGCCUCCUCCAACCUGGGACUAGGUUCCCCCAACUGGCUAAAAGUUGGGGUCCCCUGGCCUGGCCAGAUUGACUGCUAGUUAAGAGUUGGGUGGCUGCCCACCUAACUCCUCGCCACAUGCAAGAAGUACAGCGCCUCAGAGGGGCCAGAGCAGGGGACCCAGGAAGCUUCAGGUUCGGUACUGGCCAGGAUGCAGGACCAGUUGCUCCAGGGCUCCAGCUUGGCCCAGCUGGUUAACUCCCCCAUGACAUUUUCUUCUUUUGUUUUUUCUCCCCAAAGCCCCCAGUACAUAGUUGUAUGUCCUUCUAGUACUGUGUGGGAUGCCUUCGGCAUGGCUUGAUCAGUGGUGAGUAGGUCCAUGUCCAGGAUCCGACCUGGUGAACUCCAGGCCGCCCAAGUGGAACACGCAAACUUAACCGCUGUGCCACCAGGCCGCCCGCCCCCCCAUCAUAUUUUCAACAUUUUACACUGGGUGGGAGGUGCCUGGCCCCGGUGGGGGGGAUGUUUGCCUCCUCAUGGGGUCGUAACAAUGACAUUUACUGUGUGUUUUCCCUGGUAACAAAUAGAAUCUGAUUUCCACUUUCAAUUUAGAAAGUGUGGGAAAAGCACAGCCAAGUGCAAAGAGGGAAUUUAAUAUGAUCCCCAACACCACCCUGACGAAUGCCUGGCAGCAUGUUUUUGUUGUACUUACUUUUGAGCAUGUCAAGGGCCAGUUUCAAGCAAAUCAGGAAGGUUGUGUUACUGCUCUGAAACUGACAGACCCAGAGAGUCCAAUCGUCCUGCUUCUAUCAGGAGGUGGCCCUUCUAUGCCCCCACUUUAUUAUCUAGCUUCCAACUGGGCAUCUGGAGGGCUUCAGGGGCCAAGAUUUUUUAAAAAAUCAAGUCAAAGAACAACCAGAAGAAAAUAUAAUCUUGAGACAAAAUAAACACUUUGAUGGGUCCAAAAAUAAUUAAAAUCACAAGAAAAGUAGACCCCAGUGACUAAAUAGGCAGAGGCUGUGAAUGGAUAAUUAGGAGGCUACACACAUAUUGGUCAGCGCCACCCCCCCACCGCCCCAGGCAAAGAAAUCCAACCAAAUUGGUCAAGAAAGGCCUUUUCUCAUCUCCCAACUUAGCACAUACCUGUGUGUGCACAUAUGUGUAUCAAUUUUUUUUUCAAUGGAGAUGCCUAGUGGUGGCAAUGUUGUACCCUUUUGGGGGCUGUGGACAGCCAUUCUGGAGGAUGAUUCGAUGAUAGCUUUUUAUUUAUUUUUUUGUGAGGAAGAUUAGCCCUGAGCUAACAUACGAUGCCAAUCCUCCUCUUUUUGCUGAGGAAGAUUGGCCCUGGGCUAAUAUCCGUGCCCAUCUUCCUCUACUUUAUGUGGGACGCCGCCACAGCAUGGCUUGACAAGCGGUGCAUCGGUGCAUGCCCAGGAUCUGAACCUGCAAACCCCGGGCCGCAGAAGCGGAGCGCACACACUUAACCGCUACGCCACCAGGCUGGCACCUCAAUGAUAGCGUUAAAAAAAAGUCCCUGCUCUUUCAUCCAGUACUUCUGCUUCUGGGAAUCUGUCCUUAAUAACUAUUGGGAAAUUGGAAAAAACCUUCAUACUCAAUGAUGCAUCUCCUUUUCUAGGGGUUAUUAAUUUCGGAAGGGAACUGGAAACAACCUAAAUGCCCAGGCAGCCUCAAAGGGAUGCCCGAAGGGAGACCUCAGAGGCAGUGAAACAGUUUGAUAACAAAGGCAGGUCUCCUGUUGUGCUGUAGUGUAAACAGCAGGGGUCACAGAAGUACAGCAGGAUUAAGCUGAGUAUGUUGAAGCAGAGCCAUAGGCCAGGAGGAAAAGGCACCAGCCAGCUAGAAGGGGGCGCUGCUGCUGGGGACAGGAGAAGGCACCAGGCACCGUGUCUGGCCUGAUGGCUAACUCAGGGUCUGCAGGGAAAACUGAGAGCGGAAGAGGCAGGAAUGAAUUUCAUGCACUGUAGGUUUAGUCCUCCAAGGCUGAUAAACUCUUCUCCAGAAGUGAGCAGGCAGAGAAACGCCUGAUAGUGCUUGAGGUGCAUGGAAGGAAACAACGUGAGCAAGUCAAGUGCACUUCCUGCUGUUGCGGGUGGAACAGGCCUAUGGGGUUCUGGGAUUGUCCUGGCUCCAAAUCAAGGAUCAUUCCUGAGUUAGUUUUAGGGGAUUAGGAGCCAAAUGCCCCUUUGUCCUGUCCCCAUCUUCUCUGAGCCCCUGCUGCCACUGGAAGCCACCUAGAAGGGAGAGGGUGACCCGCUGGCUGAAUCAGCCCCACACUGCCCGUGCAGACACCAUGGCACCAACGCUGAGCUCAAGGAGCAGGGCACCGCUGGCCCCCAACCAUGUGCAGGAGGUGUGCUUGCACCGUGUGGAGUCCAUCAGCGACCUACACAGUGGAGGUUUGCUGCGACCCUACCUGGCCGAGGAGGCGCAGCCAUGGGAUGAGCUGCUAAGCAUCUUGCCGCCAUCGCUGUGCACUCAGGCCAGCUGCAGCCCUGUGCGUUGCCGCGGGGGUUUCCUGCUGCUGCUUGUGCUGCUAGUGCUCACCUGCCUGGCGCUUGCUGUCCUGGCUGUCUACCUGAGUGUGCUGCAGAGCGAAUCCCUACACAUGCUGGCGCACACACUGCACACACAGGAGGAGAUGCUCCUCAAACUCCGGCUUGCCAGCCUCAGCCAGCUGCGGAGGCUCAACUCCAGCGAGGCCCGAGCAGCCAGUUGAGAUGCCACUUGGACCUGGGGACUGGGGGUUUGUGUAGGGGGGAAUAAAGUGGCCAUUCGCAGGUUUCUCCUCUCCCACUGCUGCUCCACACUACUUCCUUGGUGAGGUUUUUGUACAAGAGACUGAUCUGACCCCACAGCUGCCUGCCCACCUCUUCUGACUUCUUCAGGCCAGGCCCAGCCAAGCCUUCUGGUGCCAAGGCCCUGCUCUGGGUGGCCCAAGGUCAGAGGAAGUAACACCAGCCUCCUGGCUCCUCCUGUGGCCUGUCAGCACCCUCUAGCCUCCCCCAGAUAGCAGGUUCAGAAGUCUAGAAAUAGCUGCCCCCACCCCAGUCAACCAAACUCUGCCAGGCCUCCCAGUGAGGGUCCAGCAUCAGCUGUCAAAAGACAGGCUGGGCUCUGAGUAGGGGGAGGAGAGCUACCUGGGGAGACAAUGUCUUAGAGGGCAAAGGUGAGAUGGAGAUGGGUGAGAU